UUGUUGCCUAGAUAAAUGAUACUAGGUUGUUGGGUUGGUUGGUUAACAACAGUUGAGAAUCUGUCAGAGUGAUAAUUAAUUAUCCUCUUUUUAAUCUGUGGUGAUAAUAAAACCUAACCAAAAACAACAAAUUAAAUAAGUAGAAAUAAAAUAUUAUUACAGAAUAGACGAAAAAUACUACUCCUAAUAUUGUAUUAUUUGCCAGUAAACCAUAUAAGAUUCUUAAGAUGUCGACACAAAAAAUUGCUGUGGUUACAGGGAGUAACAAAGGCAUUGGAUAUGCCAUAGUUAAGGGCCUCUGUGAGAAAUUUAAUGGUUCUGUGUAUUUAACAGCAAGAGAUGUUGGUAGAGGAGAAGCAGCAGUUAAUAAAUUGAAAAAACUUGGCUUCAACCCUCUGUUUCACCAAUUGGAUAUUUCAGACCAGUCUAGCAUCGACAAAUUUAAGGAAUAUAUUCAAUCAAAACAUGGGGGCAUAGAUGUUUUGGUUAAUAAUGCUGCUAUAGCGUUUAAGAAUGACGCUACUGAACCUUUUGGCCAACAAGCGGAAGAAACCAUAAAAGUUAACUAUUUUGGGACACUAAGAGUAUCUGAGGCACUUUUCCCAUUGUUACGGAACAACGCCAAAGUUGUAAAUGUUUCCAGCUCGCUUGGUCAUCUCAGCAAAAUUCCAUCUGCGGACUUAAGGGUGAAAUUAAGCGAUUCUAACUUGACCAUUCCAGAUCUCAAUAAAUUGAUGGAAAAAUUUGUAAAGGAUGCCAAAGAGAACAAAACGCAAUCAGAAGGUUGGGGUGACUCAGCUUACGCCGUUUGCAAAGUAGGAGUUAGUGCCUUAACCUUUGCCCAACAGAGGUUGUUUGAUAAGGAACAACCGAACAGGAAUAUUGCGGUCAACGCCGUUCAUCCGGGCUAUGUAGAUACCGACAUGAGCAGUCAUAAAGGAACUUUGACUAUUGAAGAAGGGGCAAAAGCUCCUCUUUAUGUGGCUCUAGAGGCUGAUUUCAAAGGAAAGUAUGUCUGGCGCGAUUGUAAAAUUGUCGACUGGUAUGGAACUGCACCCUCAGGAUAUUAAGUUGCAACAGAUUUUUUUGUAUUUGUAUGUUGAUACCGUGCUUUCAAUUUUGAAAUAUAUAUUUUAGCAGCAAU